CUCUGCUUUCUGCUCGGGGGCUCUUUGACAGCAAUGGCGGUGCGGGCCAGCUUCGAGAACAACAACGAGAUCGGCUGCUUCGCCAAGCUCACGAACGCCUACUGCCUGGUGGCCAUCGGGGGCUCAGAGGGCUUCUACAGUGUGUUUGAAGGGGAGCUUUCGGAUACCAUCCCUGUAGUUCAUGCUUCAAUUGCCGGAUGUCGAAUCAUUGGCAGGAUGUGUGUGGUCACCACUGUUUCCAGGAAUAUCUAGCAGCUGCAGAAUGUCCAAUUCCCAAGAAGAGUACUCCAGGUCCAGGAAUAAAAAUUAAAGGAAACAGGCAUGGCUUGUUAGUCCCAAACAAUACCACGGACCAGGAGCUUCAGCACAUCCGAAACAGUCUUCCAGACUCCGUACGAAUUCAGCGAGUGGAAGAGCGCCUCUCUGCCUUGGGCAAUGUCACUACGUGCAAUGACUAUGUAGCACUUGUCCAUCCGGACAUUGACAGAGAGACAGAAGAGAUUUUAGCAGACGUACUAAAAGUGGAAGUAUUUAGGCAGACGGUAGCAGAACAAGUGCUGGUGGGAAGUUAUUGUGCUUUCAGCAACCAGGGAGGACUUGUGCACCCCAAGACUUCCAUUGAAGACCAGGAUGAGCUCUCCUCGUUGCUACAAGUCCCACUUGUGGCUGGAACUGUUAACCGUGGCAGUGAGGUGAUUGCAGCUGGAAUGGUUGUGAAUGACUGGUGUGCCUUCUGUGGCCUGGACACAACCAGCACAGAGUUAUCUGUUAUUGAGAGUGUCUUUAAACUCAAUGAAUCACAGCCAAGUACCAUUGCUACUACUAUGAGAGAUUCUUUGAUUGACAGCUUGACAUGAUCUGCUACUCCCUGACCACCACAGAAGCACUGAAGGCCAGAUUAUGAUUUUGAUUGCUCACUGAAGUAAAUGCUCUGUUUAUUACUCUGCAGACCUAGACGCGGAAGGGUAUACAACAAUCAGCAUUUCUAAACUACAAUGUUACACACCUGUGCCCCCUUUUGUUACUUCUGCUAAUUUGGCCUGCUUUCAUUAAUUCAUGAGAUAAUUUUCAAAUUGUGAGUGUAUGUCUUAGAAAAAUGUUUUAAAAUUCAUUACCUGUAAUAAUGGUUUAAAAAACAAACAAAAUUGUUUUCUUCUUCUGUAUUCACCAGCAUGUGCCUGAACCAGCUAUCAUUUCUUGAUCAGACACAGAUGGGAUUUCUACUGGAUCAUUUUUACAUAGCCUGCAGCCUAGAUUAAUGUAGCUGUCUUAUGUAAAUUUGGUAGUCAGACACUUCCUGUUAAAAGGACUGAAAUAAGCCAUGGAGCUUUUUCCCGUAUCCCUGUAAUUCUGUAAAGCCAACAUGUGCUAGCAGUUCUCUGAAAUUACACUGGCCUUUAUCUGUGAAAAUAGCCUGGGUGGAAAUAAUUUAUUUUGACCUCUUCGUUGUAUGCACACUUCCUUAACAAUUCAGUCAUAAGAAACUACUUUGCAACCUGUAUCUUAAGCCUCUUAUGAGGCUCUGCUUUGUUGCACAGCGAUAGAAGCAAUCCUUGGAAGUAGGUGAUGGUGUCACUUGAGGUUUAAUGCAAAAGGCAGUUAAAACUAAUAAACCCUAAAGCUAGAAACGGUUGUUCUGGACAUUGAUACUGGAAUUCAAUAUUAGGGAUAAGGGCUUCAUCAAACUUAAGGGAUCUGAAAGAACACAUACGUUUUGUUAAACAAUCUGGCCUUUGCUUGAAAGCUUACCAUAGCUACUUUAUGAUUUCAUAGCUUUUUCUUUCCCUGCUGCAGUUUACUGGCCAAAGUACCUGUUUCAAUUGUGCCACCUGUCUUUUCUCAUUGUUCCUGGCUAUUACAAAAUCACCCUUGUCUUCCUUUGUAAGGUGAUCCAGCAUGCUCUACUCCAUGUUUUACUACAUCUAGCUCAAACACAUCCCAGUAAUGAAGGAUGGUGCAAGUUAAAAGCAGCUGAAGGUGUAUUGCACUGGCGUGAGGAACCUUUGAUCCUCCAGACAGUGCUAAAAUACAGCUCCCAUCAUCUCUGAUUAUUGACUAGGCUGGCGGGAGUUGGGAGUCCAAUAACAUCUAAAGGGCCACCGGUUUCUUGCUCCUGUAUUACACAUGUAAUCCUCCAGUCUUGCACUAUCGCUUACAUUAUUUCCCAAAUAUAUUACUUUCCCCACCUCCCACAAUAGUGAGGUUUUGCAGUUCUUACACGCUGAUGCUGUUAAGGGAAUCUAGUGCAACAAUAAAGUGUUCAGCUCACAACAAAUUUUCUUUAUGAACUGUAGUGGUCCAGGGCAGCAAUAAAUAAAUAAUAGGUAACAAGUUCUUAGCAUAGACUAUUGAAAGCGCCUUUAUAGCUAUAGUACUUCCUUACUAACGUUACACAAAAUGCCCUAUUGCAACAGCUUUCAAGCAUGUAUACACACACACACACACACACACACACACACACACUUGCACUCACCAUACAUGCUCGCAUUGGAACGUCUUGUAAAUACCUAGCAUCUAUAUGACUAUGCCUUGAAGUACAGCCACAUUGAAUAAUAAUGGCUAAACCACUGUAUCCCAGAUGUGAGUGCAGUAGCAUUUUAUUUAGCUAUCUGGCCCACAGAUGACAACUAAGAGAUUGAGUGUGCACAGAGGACUAGAUAUUUUCUUCUGCCAUGUGGCUAUUUUUCUGAGAGUGGCCAGACUGCUUUGUGAAGCAAAUGUAACCUGCAGCAGCAUUUAAAUGUGUUGUUAGCAAGAGUGAUGGGUAGAAUGUUUAAGAAAAGGGAAACAAAUAACUUAUGCAGUAACCAGUUGGAAAGAGACUACUUGAUUAAAAAAACAAGCAUUAUGAAUAUGGAAGAAAUGGAAAAUACAUUUAACACCUUAAGUGUGGAAUCUAGAAACAAGCUCCCAUCAACAGAUUAGAAAAGCAAAAUAUUUCUGCCUGAAAACAGCAAAAAACAAAAACUCUGAAAUCUAGGAAAACCAGAAAUGUAACACCUUAGGAGCUGGCAGAUUUAUUGGAAUAGUAAUAAACUGGCCAGUCUCAAAUUUUUAGAGUUUGGAAACAACAGAUGCUGUUCAGGUGUCCUGACAAGCAUUCAUUUAAAAAUGUAUGACAAGAUGACAAACUCAUUUAAUAAAUGUGCUGGUGUGUGAUUUCAUGAGCACUUUUUGUGGUAUGGCAAAAUGACAAACUCCUUUAAUAAAUGUGUCGAUUUGCAUUGUAACGCAAGUAGAUUUAGCUCAUACAUAACAGUGUAGAUAAGGAAUUAAUAAAUAAUGUGAUUUUAUAAAAUUUAGAUAUGACUCAAAUAAUAAUGAGGUGGGACAUUAUAACAGAUUGAUACAGUAACAUUGUAGAAUAAAAUUUUCGGUACUAGGGUAAGACCAAGUAUCGGCAAGGAUGUGUUUUCAAAGCAGAGCUGCAAGACAAGAAUAAAAUCCUAUUGAGUCCAUAUGAUGGCAGCAUAUUUUAAAUAAGUGGGUAGUCUGACAGAAUUCGAUAUGGGGCAAAAAUAAAUCUAGUUAAUACCGUACCAUAUGUGAUCUUGGUAGUGUGUUACAUAGGGACCACUCAGCUAUUAGCAGGAGGCUUCCAUGAUGUUUAAAGCAGAUAAAGCUUUAGGGACCAUUUUAAUUAUUUUUAAAGCAAAGAUGGAUUGCCAUAAGACAGUUAUGCAACUUCUAGAUUAUAUCAAGUAUUUGCUCUGGAAAUUUUAUGCUUCUCAGGUGAGUAAUUUCAGAACAGUAGCAGUGUUUGGAAUUAGAUUCAGGUAGGUAGCCAUGUUGGUCUGACGCAGUCAGAAAUAAAUUUUUAAAAUGUCCAGUAGCACCUUAGAGACCAACCAAGAUACCAUCUGAAGAAGUGUGCAUGCACACAAAAGUUUAUACCCGGAACAAACUUUGUUGGUCUCUAAGGUGCUACUGGACAAGUGUUUGGAAUUGUGCUGAAAGGAAGCUUGAUAGUGUGAAAGUUAUUCCUGGGUGCACAACAAAACCAUAUUAAGAGUUCCAUAGAAUAGCCAAGUCCCAAGCUUGCAACUUGUAUGGAUAUUUUACUCUGCCCAACUAUUUGAAGCCUUUGCAGUGCUGCAAUUAAAUUCACAUAUAAAUCAGUAUUGGAUUGGGGUGGUAAAAUGCAUAUGAGCAAGUACUGUCAACCUGCAUUUCACUGUUUGUAGCACUUUCACAUCUGUUCAGGUUCAUUGUAUUAAUAGUGAUUGCAUGCAAACCACACAAUUUACUGAGGUUUAUGUUGGUUCACAGAAGCAACUCCUUGCAUGCACUGAUAAAAGUCAACAUGGCCUAUCUAAAAACCAUGCUUGCCAUCCUGAAUAGCUGCAAAAAAGGCAAAAUGCUGUAGCACCUUACACACUGCCUUAUUGUGGCAUGAGCUUUCAAGGCAACAUCAAAUGUAUUAAGUGUAUCCGCUUUAAAGUAUUACAUGGCUUUACGUUUCUAAACUUUCACCCGAAAGUGAAGGUAAUACAGUAUAAGGGAAGUAUCUUCUAGUUACAUGCUAAAACUGAGACAAUCCAGUGUCUCACCCAUAAUACCAAUUUGAUGGAUAAUUGUUGGGGAGGGAAUGGAAACCCCACCUUGAAUAGUUCAUGAUUUUUGCUCCAGUUUGAGGGGGUGGAAAGCCAAGAGUGGAUGUGCAGACUACAGUCAGUGGACAUGGGAUAAGUACCUGUCCUCACAAUAGACCCUGCAUCUCCAUUAUUUUCGCAUAAAAAAGGUUUGGAUCAGGCCACUAGCAGAACAGACACAGUUGGCAGAAUGGAUUGUCCCAUCUCAAAAUCUGCUCCAGAGGAUUGGGGAACCCUCCAUAGCAGAUUUGGGGAGAAAUUAGGAAAAGAAAGUCUCUGUGAUGUUGGGUGUUGUCCUUAAGAGUUUUGGCAACAUGAACUUGUGAUAUGAAAAUAAAAAUUAAAACCCCAAAAGGUUUUUCUCUGAUUACAUUCCUAUAAUUUCCAAUAGGUCUCUAGCAUAACAGCAAGUAGAGAAUUUCCUGAAACGGCCAAAAAGAUUGAUGUCUUGCCAACAAGAAUGACAAAAAUAUACUGCAUCAAAAUAAACCAACUUGGUUUGUCUAGCCUAUAAAUACCGUAAACCCGAAAUACUUAGUUUUUAUACCUACCUGGAAAGCAGAAUUGGAUAGUUUCUAUCAGGCCAUCAAGAGCACAACUAGUGAAUGUCAUCCGCUGUAGUAGUAUAAAAGAUAAUUGCAGCUUUCUUGUUUUACAGAUACAUGUGGCACACCAAGAUCAUUUAAGCACCGAUACUAUAAAAUACUGCAAUUUACUUCAUACAUUUUGGAGAAUUUGCCAGACAAGUUUCUAAAUUGCAAUCUUUAGGAUAACCUCUUACUCAUGAUUAAGUGGUAUAUGAAUGCCUCUUGAAUAAACAAAUCAGAUUUUAAAAACAUGAAUUUCCUUCUAAAUGCCACUCCUUUCCUGCACUCCCGCAACUACAAUUCUCAUUAUAAUUUUGUUAAAGAAUGUCAAGCAUCCUAAUGUACAUGCCACUUGGCCUCCAUUUAUAAAAGAAAAAGGAUCAAGGGGACUAGUAUUUGCAGAGUACCAUAUUGGCCACUGAAAGAACAGUGUUGGGCUGGAUGGACCUUUGGCCUGAUUCAGCAGGACCCUUCUUACAUUCUUAAAUACUGUAUCACAGAAUUUGCCUUUAAUCUUAUAAUGGUAACAAUUAAUUUAUUGUUGCCAACUUAAAAUAGUGGUAAUAUGACAUUUAAAUGUUUAGUACAUGACAGGUUCUUAAAAACAAGAGUUUUAAGGGCUGCAUUCAUGUUAGUGUUCAAACCCAAUUGCUUAGUCUUGCAGACUGGUUGUAUUCACAAAUUUCUGUUCCUAGUUGCUGUUGUGAUUUGAUCUGGCUUUAGAGCUGUUUGAAGUCGUGGUCUACACAGAAUUAUCUCCUAAGAGCUCUUUAUAUGUGUCUGCUAUUGCAGAGUGGGAACAUCAGCUAAUUACCAUGAAUGUACAAAACAUCUGACCAGCAGGUAUUGGAAAAAAAACAGUAUCCAGGUAAUUGCCUGGUUCCUGUAAUAAAUUAAAAUAUUUCAGAAUGA